AUGCCGCCACAAAUGUCCUGCGUGUCAAGCCAGUUGCGCCAGCUUAUACACUACCAUAUCGAUAAUAACCUUCUUCAAAAUGCUUUAUUCUUUUCCGAGCGACUGGCAGCCUACGAUCUCAAAUCCUCCGAAAACGCCUACCUAUUAUCCCUCUGCCAUCUGCGGUUAGGCGACAAUAGCUCAGCGUACGAGUACAGCAAGCUAGGUGCACAUAAGGGUGCACAUUUAGGGUGCGCAUAUGUCUUUGCGCAAGCUUGUUUAGCACUUGACAAGUACAAAGAUGGAAUUAUGGUACUCGAGAAAAGCAGAGGGUUAUGGAGCGGCAAAAAUAAUUUCGGCAAGCAUACACCGACGACUCGACAGCCGUACGCUGAUGCAGCAGCUGUAAACUGCUUGCUGGGGAAGCUCUAUCAUGGUUAUAACGACAAACAGAGGGCGAUCAGUUGUUUUCAGGAAGCUCUAAAGAUAAACCCACUCAUGUGGGAUGCUUUUACUAGUCUGUGUGACAUGGGUGCCAACAUACGGGUAUCGAGCUUGUUCAAGAUGAAUCCUGAAAUGGAAGCUAUUCUUCGAGUCAGUGUUCCCGAGCAGGUAGAACCCCAGCAUCAGUCAAGAGAUGUCGCGAGUACAUCGGUUUCUGACCACGAUCGGAGUCGACCCGGACCACGCCCUGUAUCAAUAGCGACAGAUCCUGGGGAUCCAUUCAACAACACACAGCCAAGGAGUUUUAAUGGCGGUCUUUUCAACCAACUUGGAAUGUCUCAGAAGCUGAAUGAAAGUAAUCCAAGCUUGACGAAUCUACCGGCCACCGUGAACGAAAUGGACUCACCCGCUGGAUCUAAUGCUCAAAUUGACGCUUCCAUUGUACCGAGCAGAAAUCAGCCAGGAGUAGUCUCUGCAUAUCCUUCCGAGCCUCCUCAAGCUCCGGUCAGAAAAUCGCGGACUCUACUCACACAAGGACUAGGAAUGGACUUCAGCAUGGAUGCUCCCAAGAUGAGUCGUGGUCUCACAUCUAAACGUGGACCAAGACCUGUAGAACCCGCAGAAGAGUCAGCAGCAACACAAGCUGUACGUGGCACGAAUCUGGGUGCCAUGGCUGGUGAGAGAAAAAGAACAAUAUCUGGGCAGGUUGUACCGAGACAGACAUCUGAAGAUCCAGGAGCACCCCAAAGAAGAAGUGUGAGAUUAUUCAACCAAAUACGACCUACGAAAACCGGAACAGCCGCUCCCCCUAGCGUAGGUCCAGCCCCUGGAAGGGAGCUCAAAAAGGCACGUCCACCAAUAUCUAGGAUUAUGCGACCAAACUCGACGACAUCCACCGUUGGUAGACAAGUCAGUGGAAACAGAAAGCCCGUGCCAGAAGAUCAGAUGGAAGUCGAUCAAAGGGAUGCGAUUGCUAGACCGUACCACAGUGCCACAAGUAUACCGACACAACGCUCGUCUGAAACAGAUGCUGUGAAACAAGAAGAAGCAUUAAACUACUUAUUAACCUUGAUCCGUCAAUUUGGUCAGGGCUAUUUUGCCCUCGCACAAUUUCAAUGUCAAGAAGCAUUUCGAUUAUUCAACAAUCUCCCACGAGCUCAACAAGAAACUCCGUGGGUUAUGUCACAAAUGGGUCGUGCCUUAUAUGAGCAAGCCGAUUACCCAGCGGCCGAGAAAUAUUACAGACGCAUUCGUCAAAUAGCCCCAACAAGAUUCGAGGAUAUGGAAAUCUACUCGACGAUCCUGUGGCAUUUGAAGCGAGAAACCGAUCUUGCAUUCCUCGCCCACGAAUUGAUAGACGCCUCAUGGCAAUCACCCGAGGCUUGGUGUGUGCUUGGUAACUCAUGGGCACUCGCUCGCGACCAUGAGCAGGCCCUCAAAUGCUUCAAAAGGGCUACUCAACUUAAUCCAAAAUUUGCAUACGCUUUCACCCUUCAAGGUCACGAACAUGUUGCCAACGAGGAGUACGACAAGGCUCUAAUUUCAUACAGGCAGGGCAUGGCUGCAGAUAAAAGGCAUUACAAUGCCUGGUAUGGUGUUGGUAAAGUGUAUGAAAAGCUUGGGAACUAUGAAAAAGCUUUUGCUCAUUUCUCGUCCGCUUCCCUGAUCAACCCGACGAACACUAUCCUCAUCUGCUCGAUCGGAAGUAUAUUGGAAAAACAGAAACAGCAUCGACAAGCUUCGUCUUAUUUCGCUAGAGCAACAGAAAUGGAUCCAAAAUCACACAUGGCUCGAUAUGGAAAAGCGAGAUCAUUGAUGGCGAUUGGAGAUAAUAAGGGAGCACUGAAGGAUCUGAUGAUUUUGAAAGACAUAGCACCAGAUGCGGCCAUGGUUCAUUUCUUGCUUGGCCGACUUUAUAAAGGGUUGCGAGAUAAAGGUGCCGCAGUCCGGCAUUUUACAAUUGCGUUGAAUUUGGAUCCAAAGGCGAGCCCGAAAAUAAAGGAGGCGAUUGAAAGCUUGGAAGAUGACGAUGACGACGAACUGAGCAUGAUGGCAUAA